GGAGGGAGUUUGGGUUUAGUGUGUCUUGACGCAUCGCGCCGAUUGGAAAAGCCGCAAAAUCUUGUUUGCAACUAGAAAAGAAAAAUAAAAAUGGUGUCUGGUGCUUGGCAUCUGGCGUGCUCGUAUAUCAUGGCACCCUCACGUACCCCGGUGAAUUUCUGGAUAAAGAAUGAAGAAUGCUGCGGUCGCGAUUGGCUUUCCGGUCGGUGUCAUACCGGCAUUGCAAACACGAGAUCCUAGCCAGAAUUGGGGUUCCAUGGUGGGUUUGGCAGCAUUGAUAGACCAGCAGCACAUAUAUGUUUGUAUCACCUUUAUAGCGUCAUUUGCAAACCCCCCCUCUCCCUCCCCUACAUCCCUUGUCUCUCUCCGCUGCCUAACAGACCACCACUCGAGAUGGGUAACCGUACCACCUUUGACUCUCUCAUAUGACCCACCGAAUCCGUAUACAGCCUUGGAGAUGAGUUAUGGCCACGGGGGCGAUGCAAACGGUGUAGAUGAAUAGUGUAGCCUGCUAGUGGGGGGGGGGGGUAGCGAAUUG